AUAAAGUUCGUCGCUUUCCUCUGUUUCUCUCUCUAGAAAUUUACUCUCCUUAGUCUCCAAGAAUACACAUCACGUACAUAUAUAAUCUGUGUAUAUCUUCUUCUCGCGAAAACCUAAGCGCCUGAUUCACAUCCAUGCUGACUUUGUGUUUCUCUCGCUUUGGGCUAGUGAAGUUGACGUCUUUGAGGAUUCUUUCGGAUCUAAUUUCAAGAAAUUAGAAGGGUGUUUGAUUGUGUAAGUUUGAGGAUUGUUUGUCUCAUGAUAAUUGUUAGGGGAAUGCAGAGAAAGUUUUGCGAGAAGGAGAGUGCUUUCGGUUGGAAGGAAUCCUUCUGCCAAGGGAUCGUCAACAUAGGGCCUAAGGCAAGAACGAGGGACAAACCUAGGGAUAGUCUCCGUCCUCUCUAAUUUUGAGACUAAGGUCUUGUUGACACGUUGACACGUUUAGACUCAAAAUGACACGGAUUUUGGUUCAGAGAGGUUCUGUAGGCAGUCCUUCCAAUCCGAGCCGCUCUUCUUCCACGCCUGGCUCAUCUUCAUCCUCUCGGACAGAACCACAGACCAACAGUAAUACCCCUCAGGUUUACACAGUCGGUAGAGAUGAAGAAACUGCUGAAGUAAAACAAGAACAGGUUGUUGUAGCUGAACAUGCUGAAUGUUCUGAUGUUAAUGCAGAGCAAGUUCAGAAUGUGUUGGUCGAAAGUGAUGAACCUGUGGAUAAAGAAGAUGAUGAAGGGUUUAUUAAAGGGUUUGGGGGUUUAAUGGUUUCGGAGAAUGUUUGUGCGGAAAGUGAAGGUGUAGUUUGUGAUUCACCACAUAGUGGUGGUGAUAGCCCUCAUCCACCACCACCUCCUGUUCCGCCCCCAAAACCUUUUUCGGCUGUAAACCCUGAUAAUAGGAGACCGGUCUUGGGAAGUUCUAAUGCUCUAAGGAUUGGAACAACACGAAGAGGGACUGGAUCACGCUCUAUUGCUUCCACCAGGAGCUCCCCAACUGGGUCACGACCUUCUUCUCCAAGACCUCAUGGUGAAAAUGACGGCUACAACAGUGCUGAUGAGCAUAAUCCAUACUUUAUGCCCUCUUAUUAUGAUUUGGAAAGAGAACGUCAGUUUGAACUUGAUAUUAGACGGGCCAAAUGUUAUGAAGUUAGGCGGAUGAUGGAAGAUGGAAACUGUCUCUUCCGAGCUGUUGCAGAUCAAGUUUAUGGGGACUCUGAAGCAUAUGAAUUGAUUAGACAAAUGUGCAUGGAUUACAUGGAACAAGAGAGAGAUCACUUUUCCCAAUUUAUAACUGAAGGCUUUGCAUCUUACUUGAAAAGGAAAAGAAGGGAUAAGGUUUAUGGCAACAAUGUGGAGAUCCAAGCAUUAGCUGAAAUGUACAACAGGCCUAUCCACAUCUAUUCAUAUAGCACAGAGCCUAUCAACAUAUUCCACGGAAAUUACAACACGGACCUGCCUCCCAUAAGGUUGAGUUACCACCACGGGAAUCAUUACAAUUCCUUGGUAGAUCCACGUCGUCUUACAGUUGGUGCUGGACUUGGGUUCAGUAGCCUCACAGGGAGAAACGUGGACAAGGAGCAGGUGAAAGCUGCUAUAAAGGCUCAACAGGACCUACAGAUUGAUAAGGUGCUUUUGGCGGAGGGGAAGUUUUACUCCGACCUCGAGCUCACUGAGAGGGAAAUCGAAAGGUCUGUAAUGGAGGCAUCCCGGGCUGAGUAUCUCAUGGAGAGGUUCAAGCCACAGCUCGGACACAAGGAUUCGUCCACCUCUACUAUGGCCGAGACGUCCUCAUCAGGGGCUAGGCCACCGACAGAGAAAGAGACGGGACAACGGGAAACAAGAGAGGGAACGACGUCGGGAAGCAUGAAGACGUUAGUGUCGAUGGGAUUCAGCUACGUGCAAGCGGUGGAAGCUUACAGCAUAUUUGGGGACGACGUGGACUCGAUGGUAUGUUAUCUCUUGGAAACGAGCAGCAGCGGCGGUAGUACCAGUGGCAGUAGCCGUCGCAAAGGCAAAGCCGCUGAAUGAUAAAGAAGUAUUCAGUUAUGUGGAAAUAAGAACACAACCCACUUGGUGUUGCUCAGCAUAAAGCAGAGAUUACGUAUUAUCUUUUUGUGGACUUUGGUUUCCCUUAUAAAUAAAUAAAUAAAUAAUAAACUCUCCAUUUACCUAAUCGGAAAGAAAUGAUGUUUUGUA